AACUAUCAACGUCGCUAGGGAUAAGUCGUUCCGGAUUGGAUACGUGAUUAGGCUAUUUGUUCCAUUAAUACCUUUGUGUCCUUAAUUAAUACAUGCUUGUUUGAUACGUUAAAGAGAAAAAAAUACAACAUAGCGACCGGAAAUGUAGUAUUUAUUUGCUGACAAACUUUUCACAGAUAGAUAGUUAUGGCGUUGAAUCCGGAUGAUAUUUUGAAGGAACAGUUUCCGGAUAAUGUUUCUAUCAGUGACUUAUGUGAUUGUGGGAAACACAAGAGGCGGAAUCAAGGAGGACCGCCAUUUCCCAGAAAAUCUGGACCAUGUCCUGAUUCCGAUUACAUGGCUACAUUCAAAGGAAUAACUCAGCGUCCACGAUCCAGCAAGAGACCGAUGACGGAAGUUCCGUUCGCGAGGAUUCCCAGAGAGCCUAUGAUGUUAGAUACCAACCAGAGAUCGGAUUUCAGAUCACAUGGUCAUAUUGAAAGAACAAAACCGAUUAUUCCAGAUUUAUAUGGGAGUGCCAUUUUUCCAACAGCAAGCAGACAAAUUCAACAUGGCCGCCGUGUCAGUAAAAGUGAGGAAAAAUUCGAACCAUCGUCUGCUAAGAUUGAAGGUAUCACUUCAUAUACCACGGAAUUUAUUCCCAAACAAUUGCAACCAGAGUUCAGACGAAUGGAACCCAGACCUAAUUACGUCCUGUCAGAUGCUAAGUUUGAAAACAGAACAACAAACAAGGAACACUAUAAAAAGUGGGUUCCUUCCAAACAAGUCCAAUUUGGAGAAAUGCCGAGCUUCACAGGUUCAAUAUUGUAUCCUGAAAUGAAAGAAAAGUUACCAGAAACAUGUACCCAGGAUUCCUUUAAAGGAGAGUUUGUCAAACGACCAGACGCUAUUCGACUUUCUGAGUCUAAUAUUAAAAUGGAAGGUGAUAUGUUUAUGAAUACCACAAACAAUGACACAUUUACCAAACAUGAAGGCGACCAUCGUGUCAAGAGAACAACACACCCACCAACACUGAAAGUAGGCAAAGCUCUUGGAAAGUUUGAAUCAUUAACACAGAGCAGGCGAGACUUCCCUGGAUAUCUGGAUCCUGAGAGAGCUAGAGCUGCUGAGCCUGCUCCAUGUACCAUUGACUUAAGGUUUGAUAAUAAACGUAGUUUGACAACAGAACAGAAAGAAGUGUUUAAAGGUCACGAUGUACUGGUGAAUCCUAUGGCUAAAGCUAUUAGGACAGAUUUUGCUGAAUAUGAACCACCAACGGUCAAGUUUGAAACACAAACAUGCAACAAGCGUGAUUAUGUUCCUAAGGAAAUUCCAAAGGUAUUGAUGAGACAUUUUCCACCAGAAGGACAAAUACAACGCCGAGAAGAUUUCAAGUUUGAUGACAGGACUAUGUCUAAACACUUCUUCCAGAAUUGGGGACCACAGUCACGUGUUAGAUAUGGAGAUUUCCACGAGAACAGACCCUAUAUUCCACCUCAAACUAAAUUUGACCAUGAUAGUGUAACGAAGACCUCUUUCAUACCCAAGAAAUACGAACCUACAAAAGACUUUAGACCAGAAUACAAGCCUGUAAACACGGAUGGAGAAAUAGACUUUGGAACAGUUCAUAGGCAAACUUAUACAAAACCUGUUGUUAAACCAUGUAGGGCUCAAUUAUUUCUGUUACAAAGGGAAUUAAAGAAAUUAAAGCUGGAACGUGAAGGAUCAGCCCCACCAUCAAUAACUGUAAAGUAGUGUUAGUUUCAGUUAUAAGAAUAAGCUACUCUUACUAAUCCUAAAUCCUGUGUAAGUAGUUUUCACUUUAUUGAACUUGUUAUUCUUUACUUUGUUUAAUUUGGCAUUCCAUAUGAAACUUUAUUUCAUUCGUCAUAUUUUUAUUUUUUUAACAUUUUUAUCAUAAUUGAAAUUGUAAUGUGUGUUUUAUUAUCACGCAUUUCAAAGCAUUAUUGUCAUAUUAACAUUUGUAAUGAAUGCUGAUGUUGAGUUUGCUAACUAAUGUGACUUGUGUUAUAAUUGAUUUUGAUUAUAUGCAUGUGUGUCAAUGUUUUUCUCGUUUAUAUUGGCUAUGCUACUUAUUUUUGUGUCAAUUGUGAGUUUCAGUAGACAGAUGGUGAAAAUCACAAUGGGUUUUGUUAUUGUUUUGAAGGAGUGUUUUUACCAGGGUAAAAGAAUGUAAUACUCUUACUGCCGGAAACAUUUAGCAAAUCAUAUAAAUCGGUCAUUUUCGUCUUAAUCAAAUUAAUUUAUGUUUUAGCAUAUCUCAACUGAGUUAAAAUAAUUAUAAAAAUUAGAAACUUUACUUUCGUAACAUUUUCCAUGCACGGUUCUUGUUCAUCCAACUUUUGCUUGCCACUGACUUUUUGACAAUCUUAAGCAUUAUAUGUUCUGUUAUAUUAUUUUAUAUUAAUAUUUAAUAUUCUGUAGAGUUUUAUGUUUUGUUAUUUGAUUUAUUGUUGUUAUGCUAUUUCAAAAAAGGUACAAAAGACUUAUAUAUAUACCAUGACAAAAGGAUGUAUACAUUGUAACAGAGAAGAAUUAUAGUUCUUCCAAUCGGCAUGCUUUGCAGCAUUUACAUGUUAUAAACUGAUUUGAUCAUGUGUGGAAUUUACAUUUUUAUAUUCGUUUCUAGACUAUAUUGAAUUAUGGCUAACAUCUUUAGUUACUUGAUAAGUUUUUGUAUAUUUUUCAGUGCUUCUAAAAGAACACAAUUUCCAAAAUAGCUGUGAUUGUAUAACGAUCUGUGAUAGAUAUACAUGUAUUUUACUAUGUUGAAAAAACAAUCUGAAAUAAAAACCUCUUACUUAAGAA